AUGGAGCUGGUUGCCAAGGACUCCCAGCUCCAUAGCAACAGCAGGAGAUUAUUGACACCAUCAAUGGGCAGCGAGCCGACAUAUCCAAGCCUGCUGCGGCUGCAAGGUGACAUGGUGUCUGGAAAACAAGGAAUUCAGUCCAGAUUUGGUCCAUCGAACAGAAUCUUGGAGCUGGCGCAGCAUAAAACCUCAAAAACAGUUUGGGCAACGACUCCUUGUGAGAAGCUGAGCUGGGGCAACCAGGAGCCAAUAUGGCCCAUCUCCGCUUCAGCGCUCGGAGCCGCUCCAAGUGCAAGAAUCCAAUACCUAGCCAGGCACAAAAGAGACUUCUCAGCAAGGGAGGACCACCGGAGGAAGGAGGUGGAGGAGGCGGCGAGCUUCUUCAGUACGAGCCGGCGUCCUUCCUGUAGGACCUUCCAGUAUGAAAACAUUACGCGCUUGUCAACACCCAAAACCAGGAACCGGAGUUCCCAGGAAGCACGGCCUCCUCACACUCCUCACUGUGAGAAAAACUGUCCAGUGUGGCACGUUGAUGCCAGAGUGAAAUCUGCUGCGAUCUCUCCUCGACUGCUGCAGCUCUCCAGCCCCAAACGGAUGCAUCCUGACUUCCAGAGCAACAGGGAGAGUGUUUCUUCAGUCGUCUCCUUUGCAUCCAGAACAGCACGAAUCUCUAAGAGACUGGUCCAGUUGUCACUGCCCAAACUGAGAGAGAGCAACAUCUGCUACGAACUGGGAUGCCCAGAGGAAUCCAUCUGGACUGUUUCAAGGGCAGCGAGGAAAGCCACAGCGAGCACUCGUGUUGAGAUGCUGGCAUCACCAAAGCGACUGUCUGAGGACUACAUCCCUCCACGAGAACCGGAGUGGAGCCGGAAAAACGCCCAGUGCAGCUGAGCAUCUGUCAGCAUCCUCACCAG